GUUUUGCGUUUUCGGGCAAGGUACCUGCCUGUAACCUGUAAUCAAACCAUAGAGGGGUUUAGCCUCCAAGCCAUCGAAUAUUUAACCCCAGCCUUUAUAUUGUCCCCCGAAUGUUGCAACCGUUUGUACUGGAAAAUGAAAAUACGGUCUACCUGGCGGCUGCUCUGGCGCGGCUUGCUUUCCGGCACGCUGUCCUCGGCCAUGCGCAGGAGCUGCCGGCACUCGAAAUUGGCAGAGUGAAACUUGAUUACCCCAGCGGCAUCAUACCACAUUCUCUUUUCGAUUGCGAACGUGCUACUGCCUCCGGAACCCGUCGCCAAGAUAUGAGUCGAGCCGGCCGUGCCUCGUACCGCCGCCGCCCCGAGGCGCGACAAACGGAAGGAUCCAAUUCGGGCCCAACCAGGGCGCAAGCCGAGGCCGACAUGAACAACGACCAAAACGCAGACGGCCAACAGCCAACCAUUGACCCCGACAUGCACGACGAUUAUUACGGCCAAUAG